AUUGUAGUCAAAUCGGUGCUAUUUUCGUACAAUGAUACGACACUAUAACGUUUGGUGUUUGAAAACUUUUGGCCAAAAUGUUAAUGUUAUUGAUAAAUCUGCUUUUCUCAUGGUUACUACUUUCGCAGAAAUACACUGUAGCAGAGUCUAUUAAAAGAAAUGUUACCCAAACGAACGCAAGAAGUGUUUUUGAAACUUUUCACUGUGCUUGGAACAUCUUGUCCAAUCUGGACAACUAUCUUCCAGAGUCUUGGAGCCAAGCUGUUGGAUGUUAUGUAACAAUUAAUUACCUCCGCCCAUACACUGAAGAACGACAUUCGCUCUCAAUGUAUCUAUAUUCGGGAAGCCAGUCUUUGACCAUAUACCGUAGUGUGAAAUUAUGUCAAUUGGACCAAACAACUGUGAAAAUGCAUUUCUCUUGCAGGAUAUCUCAAACAGCCAGAAUCGACGAGUGGUGUUUUUCAAACAAAGAUUGUUUGUCCAGACAUUCAGUUUGCAGCGUUAGAAAUAUCUAUGGACAGUGUACUUGUCAAGAUGGGACCGUGAUUGACAGGGGAAAGUGCUUAAAACGUCUGGGCCUUGGGAAACAAUGUGAGAGAAAUGAAGAAUGUGGAGUUUAUAAUGUACAUUGCAAGAACAACACAUGUCAAUGUAGGAGUGGUCAUUAUGAAUUUGAUGGGAGUUGCAUCAGAGAAAGCGUUUCAUUUCGAUCGUCAUGCCAGACCAACAGACAGUGUAAGUGGUUUGGAGGAACGUGUGAUAAUGGCGGAUGUGGAUGUCCUUAUGGUCAUGACCAUUGGAACAACACAUGCAUAAAAGAAAACAUUACAUUUGGAUCACCAUGCCUGACCAACAGACAAUGUCGUGCAUUUAGAGGAACAUGUCAAAAUGGCCAAUGUAGAUGUCCUUACGAAUAUUUCUUAUUGAACAACAGAUGUACAGUAGGUUAUAAAACACUUGGUUCGUCGUGUCUCUACCGUCAACAAUGCACAGGAACGCCUAAUGCAAGUUUAUGCCUCGGAAAUGUGUAUUAUGGCAAAUGCAGCUGCAACAUUGGAUUUGUUGAAUUAAACCGUUCUUGUAUAGAAAAUGUCUCUUAUGGACAAAAAUGCCUGACCAGCAGCCACUGCCAAUCAUUUGGAGGAACGUGUCAACAUGACCAAUGUCUAUGUCCUUACGGACAUUUCCUCCUACACAGUACAUGUGUAAAAGAAAAUGUCUCUUAUGGACAACAAUGCCUGACCAUCAGCCAGUGCCAAGCAUUUGGAGGAACGUGUCAACGUCAGCAAUGUCGAUGUCCUUAUGAACAUUUCCUCCUGCACGGUACAUGUGUAAAAGGUAAUAUAAAACUUGGUUCGCCGUGUCGCUAUCGUCAACAAUGCACAGGAACGCCUAAUGCAAGUUUAUGCCUCGGAAAUUCUUCUCAUGGCAAAUGCAGCUGCAACAUUGGGUUUGUUGAAUUAAACCGUUCUUGUAUAGAAAAUGUUUCACAUGGACAAAAAUGUCUGACCAGCAGCCAGUGCCAAUCAUUUGGAGGAACGUGUCAACAUGACCAAUGUCUAUGUCCUUACGGCGAUAUCUUCCUGCACGGUACAUGUGUAAAAGGUUAUAUAAAACUUGGUUCGUCGUGUCUCUACCGCCAACAAUGCACAGGAACGCCUAAUGCAAGUGUAUGCCUAGGAAAUUCGUAUCAUGGCAAUUGCAGCUGCAACAUUGGUUUUCUUGAAUUAAACCGUUCUUGUAUAGAAAUACCAAAGAAUACCGCUGAGAAGAUGGAGACUUCAAAUUCAGUCGCUCUAGCACUCGGAUUUAGUGUGGGUGGCCUAGUUAUCGGAGCAGCAUUCACAAUUCUCUUGUGUGUAAUAUACAACAUGCGACAGAUGCGAAAAACCAGAAAUCAGGGUGCAUAUGAACUACGAGAAAUGAGAAAUGUGCAUUGUUCCACUGCAAUUUACAAUGAGUUUCCAGAGGAUCACAAUGGGGAAUUGGAGGUGGAAGAGAAUGAAGACGUAGAUUCAACACUCGGGUCUCCGUGUAUAGAGAGUGUUCAAAACGAAAUCUACAAUCACUUGAACGAAGAAGACGAAGAUCAAGAUGACAUGGAAAACAAAUACGACUACGUUGAACCAGUUCAAAGUACACCUAGACAAUUUCUGAACGAUGACGUCUACAUGGCUGCAACUUUUCCCCAGAAUCCGUGUUUAUACGAGCUCCAAAGAGUGUUGAAGAAGAGUACAAGCACAGAGUAAAGCAAACAUAACUUCGUUAAUUCCACAAAGCGAAAUGUCAGAUCUGCAAAGAAUACAUUUCGGAUUUUUUAUCACUUCCGCUUAAAACUGAAGUCUCUAAAGUGCCAUUUUUCAAUUCGUUUUACAAUGUUUCAUACAUACGUGUGUGCACUAUGAUAACUACAGUUAUUGAAAGAAGACAACGGCGUAUCGUAUGAAUUGACAGUUAUUGGAAGAAGACAACGGUGUGUCGUGUGAAUUGACAGUUAUUGGAAGAAGACAAUGGUGUAUCGUAUGAAUUGACAUACAGUAAAGCACGAACACGUACUAACAUGAAAGGACCGUAUCCCUGUAGUGGAAUUAUCAUUAGACGUUUUGGUAUAUUUCGUAUGUUUUCAUAAAAGAGGAAGAACUUUCAAGGCUACAAACAUUGUACAUAAAAUUGUAAUAUACAGACAUGUAUGAGUGAGAUGCAUUUAGUCUUUUCAUUCUGAGAUGUGACCUGUCAUUUUGUGAUAAAAAGCACUGAACACACAUUUAGGAUUUCCUACAGUGUGUAAUGUCAAUCACCGAACAGGAAAUAUCAUAAAUAUGUUAUAUGGAACACUAUUGACUUACAUUAUGUGCAGUACCAUACUAUACUAUAGACCGAGGACAACCAACAGCUGACCAGAUCCAUAUUGUCAUGAGGGGAUCGAAUUAAAGGUCAAUAACUACUUUAUCAAAUGGUCAGAAAUUUUAUAACAGUUUAAACAAAUAACAACAUGUGUAUUGUAAAACAUUAUAGCAAUCAUAUUUCAACAGUCAAAACCUAGAAAAUAUAACACGAUGAUAAAAUUUAUUCUCUUUUACAUUGUAAUUGAAAGUGGUUUGACCAUAAUUAGCUAUGUUUGGCAAGCCAUUUAUGGUAUCGAUUUUGACUUAUGGACGCAUGCCCUAAAACACGCAAUUUGAUUGAUCGAUAAAAAUGUCAUCAAAGCUAUGGUUGGUCAAACUGGAAUGCCGAAUAAACCUCCCAAAGUUAAUAUUGAGGUGACCUCACUCUGAGGUACAGAUCAGAAGAGAUAUUGUUUGACCGCGGUCAACCAAUACCUGAUCAGGUCUGCAUAUAGCCACGAGUAGACCGAAUUAAAGGCCAGUAACUGCUCCAUUGAAUAAUCGGGAAUUUGACAACAGUAUUCACAAUAUUUUUUUUUAUUUUAUUCAAUCAACAAAUACAAUCAUUUACAUAAUGAUAUUUUUUCAACAGUCAAAACCUAGAAACUGUGACAGUAAUAUAAUGUUAAAAUCCUUUCUUAGUGAACGUGGUCGUUUUUAUAUAAAAUAAUUAAUUAUGUAUUUUCUGUCUGUAAUUAGAAAUAGAGAUAGUAUAACAUACAAUAUUAGUAUAUUUUGGUGUAAAAUACUCGAAUCUGAUUGGCCAAGAAACAGUUGAAAAAACGUAGUAUUGUUUCCCUCUGAGAAUAGAAAGCACGCGCUCCAGGGUGAUAGUAUCUAGCAACGGGAAACAAUACCUGGCAACGGGUGAUAUUAUAAAACAAAUAUAUCACAUGCGUCAAACUGAUGCGCGUACGGUUCGCUUUACAUUUUAGGAAAAUGUCGUUUAAGCGUUUGAAAUAGAUGCAGUCUGCAGUGUGUAACAGCAACAUUUUUAAUGAAAUCGAUUGAUUAAAAGUAACAAAGAUAAUCGGCAGGUGACAGGUACAUUGUUAACUAACGUGCAACUAUCGCAGUCAAGUAACGUUUUGAACUUGUUGAUUAAUUCUUAAUCAAUUCCACCAUAUGAAAAUGUUUAAGACAGAAUCUAGAUGAAAGGAUAUUCGGUUGAAUUUUGUGCUUUGUUAAUUGUAUCUAAUAAAUGUAUGAUAUUCAGUACAAUUAAACAAAUAGCACAUGUAGUUGAGGGUGACAUUGAACAUUUUCACCCCUCAAAAACCAUUGUCAACCUCGACCGCGCCUUUAUUGACAAUGGUUUCUCGGGGUGAAAAUGUUCAAUGUUACCUUAAACUGCAUGCAAUAUAUACAUGUACUUAUAAUACCACCUCUAUACUUGGUAAAAACAAAUUAUUUUCCUAUAUUGUAUUUCUUUGUAUAUGUUGUAGAUACUCAUAUAUUGUGUAUCAUUGUUAUAAAUUAUUGUAUUGGUAGAGUGCUA